UUUUUUCGUAGAUUAAAAAUUACAAUUCAUUGUCAUCAUUGAAAAAUAAACAAAUGUCAACAAAAAUGUGAACCACUUCAAUGAUUAAAGUUGUCCACACAACGAAACCCAAGUGUUUAUAUUAGCUUUAGUUGGCAGACGUGUCCAACAUGAACUGUUAUGAAGCUCCAAUAGGAACGGAACAGGAAUGGCGCGAACGUCUGAAUGCAGGGAAACUCAAUCAAAGCAUCAAUCAUAAGAUUCACUUAUACAGCUACCUGCGUGAUUUGCCUGCCAAGCAGCUGAUCUAUCCGCUAGACCAGCGGGAGGACACAUGUGAGCUCUUCGACGUACAGAGCGCUGGCCUACCGGAGGAGGACAAAUUACAGGAUCUGUUCCUGUCUCCGGUCAUUUUGGAAGACUACACUAGACCGCCCCAAGCCAUCCAGGAAAUGCCACCCCUGUAUUUCCAACCCGCUGAGUUCUUUGACUAUGUACUUAGUGACAAGUGGACAGGGGCGACAAGUCUUCGUGUUGUGGGUGGCGAGCUACUGGCACUUCUCCUGGCGGCCAUCACAGACUUGGAAGUCUAUCGCAAAAUAAACCCUCACGAGCUGCGAGCUAACCUCAACAGCAGACGUCUGUGCCAGUCACGUGACGAUGAGGCUCCAGAGAUGGUGUACGAAAAACUUGACGUUGAGCUGAUCUAUUACGAAAAGGCUGAAAUGUCAAACCUCCCUUUGGAGAUAGUGGAACAGAGAGAUCCCUUAGCUUCUCCCAAAACGCAAGUGUUACCAAGAGAAGUUGUUCAUUUACCGUACGUCUAUACAAAGCACAAAGUGAACAAAUACCAACAACUCUGUCCCGAAGAGAAUAUUCAGCCUAAAGACGUCAUUGCCAAGCUAGAGGAAGAACUGAACGUUGCAAAGGAAAAAAGGGCGUUAGCGAUCGCCAGUGCCUUGGCCAACGAAAAACUCAUGCUGUCUAAGGACAGUAAAAAAACUGCUUUGGCUAAGUCUGUGGAGCCAACAAAAGACUUGAAAAGCAAUCAAGACUCUAGUGGCCCCCCGGGGACUUACAACGAAACGAUUGAUUACAUUGCGGACGAUCCCAAUCUCGUCAGGACCGAGUUUAAAAAACCGAAAUCCAAGUUAAAGCUAGACACUAAAAGUACUAGCGUCAUUGAACCGAUGUCAAAUCAGCCAUCCAAACCGCUGACUCCCAUUGCCUCUUUUGCCGCCAUGGAGGGUGCGAGUCUCGAAGAAUUGCAGAGAGAUGAUUCGGAGCAUUCUUUAGAGUCCUACUCUGCUUCCAUUGAGGGCAUACAACAAGAGGACUCAGAAUCCAACUGGGAAAUGUUAAAUCUGACCCGCAGAGAGCUUUAUGUCUCCGGGCUCUAUGAGGGGAGAGAAUCAAACUUCGUCUCAUGCGAAGAGAAGCUAAAGGCGCGAGGAAGAAUUCGCAAAAAAAUCCAAAUGGAAAAAGAAAAAGAAAUUUUUGAAGACAUGCUUGCUAAAGCUAAAACAGACUUGACUAAGAAUUUUAAAAGUUUGUCUCUGAAAAGAGAAUUUCAAAAGUCCAUGCAACCAAAAAGUCUUAAAUUUUGUCCGGACGUUCAUCGCCAAGAAUGGAGUGACUUCUUGAGAGAGCACGAAGACUGCGAGAUGCAGAUGGCCAAAAAGAGCGACUUUGAAGAACAAGUUUUGAAGCGUCUACAGACGCAGGUUGUCAGGCCUAAACGCGAGGACAUUAAGUCUGAUAGCAAGGUAAAUAAAAGCAAAGUGGAUAAAGGUAAAGGAUUUAAAAAGACAGAAGAUGAAAGUGAAAAAGUCAAAAGAGACGAAAAUGUGAAUCAUUUAGACGUUCAGUUUAACUGCAGUGAGGAGAGACAUCCAUGGAACUAUAGGCCGAAAGUUAACGAAGAAAGCACUGUAUGGAAUAUAAAUGAUUGGAAGAAUAUUUUACCUCUUUUGACCUCAUGGAGGGUACAUUUGGACUACGGAGUUCCGUUUUACGGACUUCACAACACCGCUUUUCAAGCCCGACGUUUACAUAAUGUAUAUUUGUCUAAAUCUGAAAAAGUCAAGUCAGAUACUGAUUCCAAAAAGGGCCUUUGGAAUCAAGGAACCGUUCGGUUUAAAAAGAGGACUAAGACUUUCAGUCAUUCAAGACGGAGACGUUUCAAAUCUUUAAAUCGAAAAAGCACAGCCGUGACAUGUCCAAGAAUAGUCAACGGGCAGCUCAAUGAGACUAAACAGACCAGACAUAAGGAGUUCUCGACUUUGGGGCGCAACCAAAACAACAAUAUGCAAAAUGAAGAGGAAAUAACUCCUGGCAGUAUCACCGUCAGUCAGUCUUCGUUAGGGGAGCUAACACAAAGUGUCUUAGAAGAAAAGAGAAGCUCAGCGUCGCGCAGAGAUCCAGGGGACAUUGGGAGCGAGGCCCUGCACUCGGAAACUGCUAGCGAGGCACGUUUGAAGGGUUGGAGUGCCCAGGAGCUUCCUCCGCUCAGGCUAACCAUCUCAUCACAACUUAAGCUUUACAACUUCGACUGCUCAUGUCCAGAAUGCACGAGCCAGGCUGCGUUUUUAGACGCUUUCAAGAUAGACCCGCAUUUUGAACCGGUAAACGGUUACCCACUGACACUUGGUCAGUUGAGAAAGGACUUUAAAUUUUUAGCGUAUAAAGAUUGCAAGCCUUCUCUGAAUCUUGGUGAAGAGAUGAAAUGUGAUGCCUUCCGUAGGCUGGGAACUAAGGAUGUAGCAGAUCGACUGCUGUCCAUGAUAAACAAAUUUGUCAUACGUAAAGAAAUUUUAUCCACCAGCCUGGGGCAGACGUUCGUUACUGUCACAUUCACCAGACCGAAUGUCAUUCUCGGAAUGACCUCAUAUCUGUAAGUCCUACAGCGACACCCCGUGGGGGGGGGGGGGGGGUGAGGCAAUCAAUGAGAAAUACAAACAUUAAUGAUGAAAACUUACAAUUAGGUACGUAGUAGUGAAUCUAGGUGAGCAAUUAGUGAAUCUGCUGGCUAGAAGUGAACCUAGUUGACCUACAAGUGAAAACAUGUAAUUUUGUUUUUCGGUCAGUCAAAGAAAUAGAUAUUUUAACCAACUAGAAAAUAAACAUUAAAAUUAUUUCUAUUUUUCAGUGAUAUGUGUAAAAGAAAAAAGUCAAUACAAACGUUAUCCAGUGAAUACAAUUAUGCUAAAUUUGUAAAAAUUGAAAAAAACACAAUUAUGACUUAUUUAUUUAUUUCAAUAACAAAUUGAGUUAGAGUUAUGAAAAUAUUUGAUAACCAAAUAACAAAAAAGAAUUCGAAAUAAUUUGCUUUUACAUGGAACAUCAUUGAUAGUUCUCUCUUGGUCUUCCUCUUGAAACUGUGCCAGACAAUCAGGUCACGUGAAUUAUUUUAUUUUCCCAAUAAAUAAUUAUAGUGCAAUAUAGUGUAGAGAGAUAGAUGGGUACAACAGAAGUGCCCAACAGGUGUCUGUGCCCACUCCAUAAAAAGGUUUGCGGGCCGUGGAAGGAAGAAAAAGACGAAAAUAAAGAAGGACUGAUUUAAUUUGAGGGCUAGAAAAUUGUGUCCGCUGUGGAGUAGCGUUGUAAGGCGUGCCGUUUUAUUGGUGAUUUUAAGUGUUCAAGGCGAUAUACACAUACAACAACUUCGUUGUCCAAGAUGAGCACGUUUCUCAAUUCCUAUAGACUCGACGAUGGAUGUCAUGGGAGAUGAGAAUGUGGCUUGCGCGAUGAAAAUUUAUUAAAGUAUUAUUUAAACAGUAGCGUAGCACGAGUAUCAAGGAGUAGCUAUGCGCUCUUAGAUUUGUAAAAGCGGCUUCAUUAAAAGAUACAGUGGGGUAAUUCUAAAUAAGGUGCUUCUCUAGAUCUAUGGCCGACAGAAGAUAAUUAUGUUAAGAGUGAACUAAGCUGUGAAUAGCGAUAGUUCUUCUUUCAAAUUGUUCUGCAGGAAGAGGCGUUUUAUUAGAAAAUAUUCUGUGUAUAUGUGGCGGGUGGGCAUAAUAGUGCAGAGAGAAAAGGCCUAACAGGUUACAAGUGUUUGUGCUUACUUUAUCAUAGAGGGAUGCGGGCCCUUCAUUUUAAGGAUGAAAGA